GGUCUCAGCUUUAGGUCUUUGAUCCAUUUUGAGUUUAUUUUGGUGAAUGGUGAAAAAGAAUGGUCAAUUUUCAUUCUUUUACAUGCACAUGAGUUUUUAUAUAUCUUCUUAAAUCCCUAUCUUCUCUUGACUUCUGAGAUACUGCCCUCUCCUGGUUUUCUCUCACCAUUGCUUUCCUUCUCAGUUCUUUAGGCUUUUGCAACUCCUGUGGGCCUCAGCCAACAGCAUUGGCCACACCUGGGAGCUGGUUAAAAAAUGCAGAAUCUCAGGCCUAGCUUUAGAGUCAUUCUCAUUCUACAUCAGAAUCUGCAUUUUAACAAGAUCCCGAGAUGAUAAGGAAGCACAAUAAAGUUUGAGAGCUGUUGCAGUCUGUGGCCCACUACCUUUUGCUUUAAUGAGCUCUUAAAUCUUAAUGUUGGGAUUUCUUUUAUUUUAGGCAAGCUCCUCUUCUCUGUGACUUCACAUAGCAUCUGUGUGUUAACAGCUCCUCAUCUCUGGUCUUAACUCUUUUGUGUAUCCACUGCUUUUUUGAUUAGACAUCUCACAAGCAUCUCACUCCUACUUUGUGUUUCCUCUAUCAUCAUAUCUCAAUAUCUAGCCUAGUGCCUAAUAGGUUCUGAUUAUAAGUAUAUGCUGUUUGUAACCAGGGAUGGAAGCCUUAAAAUACAGUGGUACUUUGCUUUUCACAUUUGAGUUAGGGUUUGCAUUUUCCUCUCCCUUUACUGUGUCGUCACCUUUGUUCAGACUUCUGUUUUUACGGCAGCUUUCUUUCAGGUCCUGUGUCCUGGGCUUUCUUCACUUAAGAUUAUCAGUCUUAGCAGACACAUAACUCUUCUUCUAUAGCUACAAAACUUUCAGAAUUAUCUUCAGGAAAAUAAAGCUUUUUGGAAAAUAUAUACAAUUUGAAAAAUUUUCUCAUUACUUCGCUGCAGUUCUGGAAACUAAAAAAUAGGUUGUUUAAUUUUUCUUCUUAGCAUUGUUUUAUAAUGAAGUUUGAUUUUUAACUUCUGGCAUUUUAAGCUGUUGAAUUUUUAAGGAGACUUGCCUUAAAUUUUUGUCAGUUUGUGAGAAGUAAAUCUUAAAAUAGAAGCGACUUUUAACACUAAUUUAACAAACAUUUUCUGCAUAAUACCCAUCACAAUGUCAAAUUUAGAAGGUUCCUUUUUUUGCAAAAAGGAGUUGAGGAAAGGAGGAAAGCCUUGAAAUGUUGAAUGGAGAAGUUUUACUUAACCCAUCGAUUCUUCGUAAUAGAGAGCAAAUUCCUAAUCUGAACCUCUACUUUUAUUUUACAAUAAAUAUUAUGUCAUUUCUAGGAAUAAUUUUUGGACAAGUAAGAGGGGUAGUGGUAUUUGCAUCCUAUCUUUUUUUACUAAAUUAAGAAUGGGAAUCUUCUUAUUUUGACUAAUUGUUUUCACAAUUCUCAAUCAGACUAAUCUCUACAAAGCACAUUCUUUAUUGUUCCCUUUGAAGGAAAUAUAGCUAAAAAUCACCAGUAUCCUACUACUCAGAUAACUCACUCAUUGGUCAUUUUGCAGGAGGCAGUCUUUCUGAUUUCUCAUGCAUCACACCCCCCCCCCCCCCCCCCGCCCCAAAUACCUCCCGGGUAUGUUCUUUCUGUAACUUGCUUUACAGUACAUUGCCAUCCUUUUCACUUUCUCCAGUUUAAACUUUUGUACUUAACUGUGUUAACUUCCUGUUGCUGCCGUAACUAACAUUUUCACAGGUUCAGUGGCGUUAGGAUGUGGAUGUCUUUGAGGGGUCAUUAUUUGCCUGCUGUAGUAGCAUUUGUAAACUACAAGAAAAUGGUAAGCACAACAUUGUUUAUUAAUUAGAGUAGCCGGGCAUGAGCUUAUGAUUAAUCAGAGAAAUUCUUCAUCAGUCAUUUAUAAAAGGAAACAAAUGUUCUCACAUGAAAUUGAGAAUACUACUGCUGUAAGUAUGUUAUUAACAUAUGUGGCAAAGCAGUGGUUAAAUGCUCUGAAAUUACUAAGACAACAUUAAAGGCUGAUUCUAAAAGUGUUUUGAUUUAGAUUAAAAUCUCUUUAAACCUUAUACCAAACUGGGCUUGAGAUGUAGGCUUUAGAAAGUGUAGAUAAUAGUGCACUCGUGCUAAAAUUUGAAUUUUUGCUAACUUUGGGAUAUGUGGGCUUAUCUUAGUGUAAUGUAGUUUUUGUGAGAUUUUUAACUAUUCUGUCUAGUCUAGAAAUUCUGUUAAGGUUUAUUAUGCUAAAAAUUAGUUAAAUGGCAGUUGAUCUUUGGCGGGCAUGUUUGGUCAUCUUUACAAGCUAAAGGCAUCUUUUGAAGUGUAUAUCUGGAACCCACAAGCUCUAGCUCUCUAACUAGAUGAUGACCUCAGGCAGAGCAAGAAACUUUCAGAGGUCUCAGGUGAAUACUUACAUAUUUUGGCAUAUGUACCACCCAUGGUAUACAUAAAUUAUCUGUCUCCUUUAAUCCAGACAAAAGCCAUGGGAGGCUGGAAAUAUUGUCCCAGUUUUAAAGCUGAGCAGGUGGUGAAGACUGGGUUUUAAUCCAAGUGUAGAUGACCCCAGAACACUUCCACUUUUACUGUCCUGACUCACUUGAAAUGAGCCGUCAGACUGCAACAGCAUUACCUACUGGAACCUCAAAGUGUACACCGUCCCAGAGGGUGCCUGCCCUGACUGGCACAACUGCGUCCAACAAUGACUUGGCGAGUCUUUUUGAGUGUCCGGUCUGCUUUGACUAUGUGUUACCACCCAUUCUUCAAUGUCAGAGUGGCCAUCUUGUUUGUAGCAACUGUCGCCCAAAGCUCACAUGUUGUCCGACUUGCCGGGGCCCAUUGGGAUCCAUUCGCAACUUGGCUAUGGAGAAAGUGGCCAAUUCAGUACUUUUCCCUUGUAAAUAUGCCUCUUCUGGAUGUGAAAUAACUCUGCCACACACAGAAAAAGCAGACCACGAAGAGCUCUGUGAGUUUAGGCCUUAUUCCUGCCCGUGCCCUGGUGCUUCCUGUAAAUGGCAAGGCUCUUUGGAUGCUGUGAUGCCCCAUCUGAUGCAUCAGCAUAAAUCCAUUACGACCCUGCAGGGCGAGGAUAUAGUGUUCCUUGCUACAGACAUUAAUCUUCCUGGUGCUGUUGACUGGGUGAUGAUGCAGUCCUGUUUUGGCUUUCACUUUAUGUUAGUCUUGGAGAAACAGGAAAAAUACGAUGGUCACCAGCAGUUCUUUGCAAUUGUACAGCUGAUAGGAACACGCAAACAAGCUGAAAAUUUUGCUUAUCGACUUGAGUUAAAUGGUCAUAGGCGGCGAUUGACUUGGGAAGCGACUCCUCGAUCUAUUCAUGAGGGAAUUGCAACAGCCAUUAUGAAUAGUGACUGCCUAGUCUUUGACACCAGCAUUGCACAACUUUUUGCAGAAAAUGGCAAUUUAGGCAUCAAUGUAACUAUUUCCAUGUGUUGAAAUGGCAAUCAAACAUUUUCUGGCCAGUGUUUAAAACUAUUGCAUUUAAUUUCACAGAGAAUAAGGCACCCAUCUGCCUGCUAACCUGAAACUUUCGGUAGGUGGAGGCUAGACACGUGAAGGUAAAUAAAAGGAAAGGCUGUUAAGUACAGGAAACAGUUGCAUGUAAUAACACUAAUAUAUUUAAAAAUAAGUCAACAGUAAACCACUGAAAUAUAUAUAUAUAUACACCCAAGAUGGGAAUCUUUUGUAUUAAGAAAGGAAGCAUUGUAAAAUAAUUCUGAAUUUGUGUUUGUUGUAGGUUGAGUGUACUGUUGAAAAAUAUUGGGGUUUUUGUUUUGUUUUUGCGUGCGUGAGCCUUUGUAUGUGUGCGCGUUUGUGUGUGUGCGUGUUUGGUUUUUUUUUCCUUUAACUGACAAGCCAUGUUGAGUGGUCUUGGACCACUGCUUUCCCCUUACGUGAGUCAAUACAUAGUGCUGCUGUGUGUGUAUAUUUUUUUGUGUGUAUUUGCUAAUUUUUAUUAAUUCUAGUUUUUCAUUAAAUAAAUUUGACUUUCUUUUCUGUAAUUCAGGUUCUUCCUCACCUUUUUUUUGGUACCUUUUUAAAGUUAGUGUCUUUUUGAUAUGUAUAAUUGUUUAUGGUAAAGUUUAUACAUAUGUGUUCAAUACAUAUUUUCUUUCCCCCAUUAAUCAGUUCAUUAGAAAUAUUUUAAAUUCAGCUAUUUUGUGAAGAUAUGAGUUCCAAGAAAGGAAAGGUAACAUCAGAAGAAUUAUCAAAAGCUAUUUAAAGCAGCUAUAUGAUGAGCUCUCUUUUUCCCUCCUGUUGAGUCAUCCCUUCAAACUCAUUCUUUGAAAGGUUAGGGAGUACUGAUUUUUUUUAAAUACUGGGGAAAAAAAAAAAUCAGCCUUUCCCCCCCUCCCCAAAUAUAGUGGACAAAUCACAUGUUUAAAAUUUGCUCUUGUAUUUAUUGGUUUUGCAAAAGAAGGCAUCAUCUUACACAGUAUUUGUAAUUAAAAGCAAAUCAUUUGUUUAAAAAAAGGCAGUUUGCAAAAAAAUGUUUUUGGUCUUUUAUAAUUCUCAUUAAAAGAAGAUCUGGCAAAUUAAAAA